AGUAUAAAAACGUUGCAAAUGUUGCAGAGAAGGAUCAGUUCGAGGCCUACACCACCUGAAUAAGGAUGAAAGUGCUUGUGCUGCUUUUUGCGCUUGUGGCAUUUGCCUCAGCUUGGUUGGGCAGGGAUGUGAAUGACUGGAAAAGAGAUCGGUACCUGUACGAUGUUGGACUGGGUGAUCAUGAGUAUGGAAAGGCAUGGGGAGAUACUGUUGACUACGGUGUUAACAAGCACAUACAAAACUUUGAUGACUCGCGGGAGAAACUCUUUGGAGUAGGAGUUGAUACCGAUAACAAAUACACGCAUCAUCCCCUAGCGAAUAUUCUUCGUGGAAACACACAAGAAUCCAUUGAAAAUAUAUACGACGAUACCCACGUAAAGGACAGGUUAUACGAUAUUGACCACACCUACAAGACUUAUGGAAGAGUCAAGACAGUUCCUAAUGUUGACAAGAAGUUAGUGAAGUACGAUGACGAUCUGAAAGCGAGAAUUUUGGGAGACAAGGACUUGCUCAUUAAGCAAAAGCUCAUUUUGGAUGUUCUCCGUAACGUAUACGCCACCUGGACUACCGAUGAGAAGGAUAAAGACUUUGCACGGCUAGUGGAAGGAGAAGUCAACUACAAGAACUUCGAUAAAGUCAUAGAUUUCUUCCAUCUACUCAAGAACAAAAAUGUAUUGCUUCCACGUGGUCAAAUUUUCACAAUCAAGAACAAAAUCCACGUUAAACAACUCCGACUCUUGUUCAACCUUUUCGUCUACUCCAAGGACUUCAAAGUCUUCAGAAUGAAUGUUUUGUGGGCCCGCAAGUACGUCAAUGAAGAAAUGUUCGCCUAUGCUCUAAUCGCAGCAGUCCUCCAUCGUGAUGACUUGGUUGGUGUUAAACUCCCAGCGAUUUAUGAAAUCUUCCCAUAUAAAUUUCACACCAGCGUGACUAUUGACAAAGCGCUAAAACUAAAGGAUGACUUGAUCUUCAGAAAUAAGGACUUGAUCGUGCUAAAUAAAUACACAAGCGAUUAUGUCACGCUGAACGAUGAAGGCAAACUCACUUACCUCACAGAGGAUAUUGGUUGGAAUAUGUAUAACUUCUUCUUCCACAUGGAAUUCGCAUCCUGGAUCGGUGGCAAGGACUUUAAACUGGAUAUUGAACGUCGUGGAGAGAAGUACCUCUAUCAUAUUCAACAGAUCCUGGCUCGCUAUUAUUUGGAGCGUAUAUCCCACGGCUUAGGCGAUGUGAAGGAUAUCUUGCAAUGGGGUGUCGUGAAAGAUGGAUACAAUCCACUGCUAACGAGUUUCAAUGGACUACCAUUCACAUCCAGGAAGAACUAUUACGAUAUUAGCUCGACAGGGAACUAUGAACUGAUUGACAGGAUUGGAGACUAUGGACGAAGGAUCAGGGAUGCUAUUGAUGAAGGAUUCUGCACAGCAACUGAUGGAGGAAUAGUAGAUCUGAAACGAUGGGAUGGUGCCGAUAUUCUCGGAAACUUGAUUCAAGGAAAUGUGGAUUCUGUAAACACCAAGCUUUACGGAGGAUUUAUUAAGAACUUCUUCAAACUCCUUGGAAGUGGCGAUUUAAAGAAUGUUGAUGACUUCAAACUGACUACCAGUGUAUUAGAGCAUCAUGAAACAGUCCUCCGUGAUCCUGUCACUUAUCAAAUACUCAAGAAGAUUACAAAACUUUACUACCAACUCAAAGACUACCUGCCAUCAUACAAAAAGGAUGAUCUACUUCUUGAUGGAGUUCGCGUUGUCGAUGUGAAAACUACGCCAUUGGUUACAUACUUUGACUUCUUUGACGUGGAUAUCACUAAUAUUGUGGGUGUUGAUCCUCUUAAAUACAAAACCGUUGACACCGUAGGCGGAUUCGAUGAUGUACAUAAGGUUACCAAGGAUACCAUUAUUCGUGCUCGUCAUGUUCGACUAAACCACAAGCCAUUCACUAUCACCCUGGAUCUCAACGUUGAUAAGCCACAAAAGGUCGUGUUCCGAAUCUUCCUAGGUCCUAAAUUUGACAGUGACGGAAAACUUCUCGAUUUGAAAAAGAAUCGUAAGAACUUUGUAGAAAUUGACAAAUUUACCCGAGAUUUAACGACUGGACAAGUGAGGAUCGAGAGGAAUUCCAGAGAUUUGGUCUACACUGUUAAAGAUCGUACUACAUUCCUAGAUAUCUACAAGAAGGUUCUAUUGAACGCCGACGUAAAUAGCGUGAUUGGCAUGCAUGUGGACGAGGCCAACUGUGGUUUCCCAGAUCGCCUGUUGUUGCCUAAGGGAUGGAUUGGUGGUUUGCCGUUGCAACUCUUCGUUAUUGUAACCAAAGCGAAGGAUGUUGUGAAGAAGGAUAUUCACAGUUCAUUGAUGUGUGGUAAGAACACGUUGAUCAACGAGGUAGAUGAUCUUGCACUUGGUUUCCCAUUCGAUCGUCCCAUUGAUCUCACGGAAUUCUACACGAAGAACAUGUUAUUCAAAGAUGUUCUGGUGUUCCAUGAUAUUGGAGAUGUUACCAAGGUUAAGGAUCUUGAUGGAAGAGUUGUUGACUCAAAAGACUUUGUAGAUAUUGACAACAUCAAAUAAAACGUCAACGCUUACAGCCAAAUUAGUUGUAGAAUAAAUAGAAUUUGCAAGCAUUA